GGUCAUCUCCCUAUUUUAAUCUCAAUCUUUCCCACAAAAAUUCUCAAAAUUUUUUUUUCCCUCAAAGUAAAACACAAGAGUCCAGUGUACUCAGUACCACUCAGUAGCAUUUUAGCCAGCAUUUUCAGAACUCUGUUCCUUUUUUUUAUAUAUAAGUACAGCACAUCAGAAAGACAUAUAUCCUUUUAGUCAGUCAGUCCAACUCUCUCUUUACAGUUAAUUAACGACUUUCCUUUCCAGCUCUCCCUUCUUCCUUCAACCUAGUGGAGUUAUAUAACUUACUUACUGUUCAUCAUCUUCUUCUCCUGAGGAUCUAGAUCCACAAAGAAAGAUGAUAACUUGGCAUGAUCUCUACGUGGUGUUAUCCGCGGUGAUCCCACUGUAUGUGGCCAUGAUUUUGGCCUAUGGCUCUGUUCGGUGGUGGAAAAUCUUCACCCCUGACCAAUGCUCCGGCAUCAACCGGUUCGUGGCGGUUUUCGCCGUCCCUUUACUCUCAUUCCACUUCAUUUCCACCAACAACCCCUACGAGAUGAAUCUCCGGUUCAUCGCCGCCGAUACUCUCCAGAAAGUCAUAAUGUUAGUCGUGCUUGCCUUAUGGGCUAACCUCACCAGAAAUGGCAGCCUGGAAUGGAGCAUCACCAUUUUCUCCUUGUCCACGCUUCCCAACACUCUGGUCAUGGGAAUUCCUCUGUUGAUUGCUAUGUAUAAUCCUUACGCCGGAAGUUUAAUGGUCCAAGUCGUGGUUUUACAGUGCAUUAUUUGGUAUACUCUGUUACUCUUCCUGUUCGAAUACAGGGGAGCCAAGAUGUUAAUCAUGGAGCAAUUCCCGGAGACCGCCGCCUCGAUUGUUUCGUUCAAGGUGGAAUCCGACGUGGUUUCCCUCGACGGGCAAGAUUUUCUUGAAACCGACGCCGAGAUUGGUGACGACGGCAAGCUUCACGUCGUUGUUCGGAAAUCGAAUGCUUCUCGGCGGUCGUUGGGUCUCUCCGGGAUGACUCCCCGGCCGUCGAAUCUCACCGGAGCUGAGAUUUACAGCUUGAGCUCAUCGAGGAAUCAGACGCCCAGAACGUCUAACUUCAACCAUACUGAUUUCUACUCGAUGAUGGGUUUUGGCGGCCGGUUGUCCAACUUCGGUAACUCCGAUACGGGUCGGUUAUCCAAUUUCGGCCCGGGUGACAUGUAUUCCGUGAACUCCUCCCGAGGACCAACUCCGAGACCGUCAAACUUCGAAGAAGCCUGCACCACUGCUCCCGGAGCCGGCGGCGGCCUAAUGAGCUCCCCAAGAUUCGGGUUUUACCCGGGUCAGGCUGUGAACCCAACUUCGUAUCCAGCUCCGAACCCGGAAAUCGCGUCUACUCUGCCGAAAACAGGGAAGAACCAAGUCCAACCGGGCCACCACCACCAGCCGCCGCCGCCGCCGCACCUCCCGCCGGCGAGUAUGAAUAACAAUAACAACAAAACAAGCCAUGAUGCGAAAGAGCUGCACAUGUUUGUGUGGAGUUCGAGUGCGUCACCGGUGUCGGAAGUUGGUGGGUUACACGUGUUCGGCGGGCCCGACUUUGUGGCUAAUGAUCAAUCCGGACGGUCCGAUGGCGCCAAGGAAAUCCGGAUGUUGGUUUCCGAUCACCCGCAUAACGGGGAAAAUAAAGGCGCUCCACAAAGUGGGGAAUAUGUGAGAGAGGAUUUUAGCUUUGGCGGUGGAGGAAGGGAUCAUGGGGAGGAUGAGGAGAAAGAUAAAGAAGGUGGUGGUGGUGGACCCACUGGUUUGUCUAAACUGGGGUCCAGCUCCACUGCUGAGCUACACCCGAAGACAGCCGGGCUUCAAGAUUCCGGCGUCGGCAAACAGAUGCCUCCGGCCAGUGUCAUGACCCGACUCAUUUUGAUCAUGGUUUGGAGGAAGCUUAUCCGCAACCCAAACACAUACUCAAGUCUCAUUGGUCUUAUAUGGUCCUUAAUUUCAUUCAGGUGGAAUGUGCAAAUGCCGAUAAUUAUAAAGCAAUCCAUUUCUAUCUUGUCAGAUGCUGGUCUUGGAAUGGCAAUGUUUAGUCUUGGUGAGUAAUUUUUAUUUUAUUUUUUAAUACGAAAUAAGCAAAUCAUGGUUGGGAAAGGGAAGAACACUGCAUAUGUGUAACUUGUGACACUUUACUUUCUUCGGAUUUUUAUUUUUGGACGGAAGCAGUAACAUUAUUGUCACACAUUUGAAUCGGCCAAAAAUUAGUAGUCAAUAUAAGCGAAUCAUGUGUUUAUGAAACUUUAUCCAAUAAACACACUAAUAUGAAUGGUUGUGAUCAAUGAAUGACCAUGCAACCGUGAUUUUUUUUUUUUUUCUUUUUAAAUAUCUUCAGCCAAAAAGAAAUUCACAUUAUCACUGUGUUGGAUUGACCACCCGACACAAGGGGCCGAUAGGGCGAUUGUCGCUAGCGGUCCAUGAAAAGUUUUCAUGGUGGGUUGAUUGAGCCCAUCAACAUCAAGGAGUUAAAUUUACACACACUAGCGGUGGUGAUGGUAGUGGUGAAAUGCCAAAAUGGGGGUAGUAAUGUAAAAGCCAAAAGUUGGUUGGAAUUUAAUUCAACUAUAUUUUGAAUUUUAUUUUAAGUAUUUUUUUUUCUGGGUUGGGACAAGUUGGUAAUAAUAAUUGGGAUGUUAAUUGUGAACGUGAUAGGUUUGUUUAUGGCCCUUCAACCCAAGAUCAUAGCAUGUGGAAACUCGGUGGCUGCUUUCGCCAUGGCUGUUAGGUUUCUCACUGGUCCAGCUGUUAUGGCCGCUGCUUCCAUUGCCAUUGGCCUCCGUGGUACCCUUCUCCAUAUCGCCAUCGUCCAGGUAUGUUGAAGAAAAGCGUUUUUGUUUUUGUUUUUAUUUUUGUUUUCAUUUUCAUUUUCAUUCUCGCUAAAUGUUAAAAAUUCGAGCCGUAACUUUUUGAUUGAUCAACUUGUAUAUACAUUUCAAAUUAAUGCCAUUACGUAACAGGCUGCUCUUCCACAAGGGAUUGUACCAUUUGUGUUUGCGAAAGAAUACAAUGUCCAUCCAGCUAUUCUUAGCACCGGGUAAGUGCAUCCAUUUGGUUAUCUUUUCUUUCCGUCUCAAAGUAAGAGUCGUUCUGAUGUCAAGAUCUAAUUUUUUUAAAAAUUUGUGUAAAUUUUCAGGGUGAUUUUCGGGAUGUUGAUUGCAUUGCCAAUUACGUUGGUCUACUACAUUGUUCUUGGAUUAUGAACAAGAUAAGACUUUGGAAGUGAGUAAUUUGGUGGGAGGACGAGCCGUAUUAUAUCAAAAAAAAAAAAAAAACUGACUUUAUAUAUUGAUGAAGAUUGAACUGACUGAUUCUCAAGGCAGAGAAAGAAGAUGAAGAAUUCAAAAGAAAAUUGUAGGAAAUUGAUGAAGUGGCAUCAAUAUCAAAAUAGAGAGCAGUUGGAAGAAUCCAAAAAUGGUUGGAUUUAAUUAAGGUUUGAACAUCCCUGAUAUGAGGAUCAUGCCCCCCAUAGCCGUCUACGAGACAAACACAAAUUAUGUGGAAAAGAAGAAAUCUUCAAAAUUGGAGAAAAGGAAUGAAGGCUUUUAGUCUAGCAGAAAGGGAACAAGAGACAGUAAAUCAAGGGAAAGGAAAAAAGAGAACUGAAUUGAAUUGAAUGGAUUUUUCUUGUGGGCAAUAAUUGCGCAUGGAAAGAAUGCAAUUUGGGGAGUAUCAUUAUUAUUAUUUUUUUUUUGAGUCAAUAGUUCACAUCUAAUCCAAGUGGAUAAAUAGUAGUAGUAGGUAUAGGAUCUCUGCUGUUUCUGUAUUUUUUUUUUUAAUUUUUUUUCGGGUUUGUCAAUAUGGAUCUUGGUAAUUAAUCUAGAUUAAAUUAAGUGAUCUUUCCUCAUUUUUUUAAAAUUGUACUGUUUGUUAACGUUGGACAUGUAGAUUAUCUAAUGUAUCUUCGUAACUUUUAGUGCCUCUUUUCAUUGAGUGUAAAUUAUGCAUACUUUGAGCAAGUAAAAUACUUAAAAUAGAUAGUGGAUA